CCGCCGUUCGUGCGUAGCGCUUGUUCGCGCUGCUCUGUCGUCGUUCCGAAACUCGCUCUUCGUCGUUUCGAUAUUAAUCAUACGUGUUCUUCGUUGAUUUAAUGAAUUUUAUUCUUCUUUUAUCUCCCAGAUCCGGUCACGAAUUGUUCUCCUCCCUCUUCGCUCUUGUUUGAAAAUUUCGCCCUCAUCUCCAUGUUUUGAAAGUUUCUUUUCGUAUUCGCGCGUCUCGGAAUUUUCUCCUUUAUCUUCGCGUUGAGAGUCAUCAAUUUUGUCUUUUAUAACGCGUUCGAUCUAACGCGGGACGCGCCAACUUAUCUCUCAAAACCGAAAGAUCUUGAAGAGAACGUGGGACGAGAAGCGUGCAUCUUUGUACGAUGAGGCGCAUCGUGAAAAAUCCGCGAACGCUGUGCGAAAAUUGUGACUGAUCGACAGGCCGCUGCCUUCCCUGGAUUUUUUGCGGUUUAAUCUGACACGCUGCGUGAGCAUCGAUCACGAAAAAAGAACAGGCAGAAGGUGAGAACACGGCCCGCGAGGAUGAAAGUGGAGGGCGGAGCGGCGACGACGACGACGACGACGACGAUCCUCCACAAGGUCAAGGUUAAGGAAGAGACAAAGGAAUGCUGUGGCUACCAGCAAGCCUCGCCGUCGUCCACGUUGACGGCCACCACCGUCGCGACGCCCACCGUCUCGGCCGCGACGGCGAUCACCACGACCGUCACCAACACCAACGGCAUUACGACCGCGAAUUCACCGUCGACGGUUACUACGAUCGCCGUCCCCGCUUCCGCCCCGCAAUCUUCCGGUAUUAUCUGUCAUCCGCCGACGACCGUCCUCAAUACCGUCGAUUCUUUCCCGGUCGAUCUCGAUCUCAAGGCGAAGAAUAAGGCACCCUCUGCCCCGAGGGAGAAAUCCUCGCGGGAGGAAGUGGCUCAACCAGAGGCGCAUUCGCCCUCAUCUCAGCAACACCAAAGACUCGGCCAACAGAAACAAACAAAUGGUUCUCGGUCGGAAUACAAAGGCACAUCCGGUUGCUCCAGGUCUUCCGACAACGAUAGUCCUUUGCCUUCGCAAUCGGUUAAGUCCGAGCUCGAGGAGGGAUCCGGUGCUGCCAAUGCUGGGGUCAGGACGGACGAGCAGACCGAUGGCGCCGCACUGACAAACGGUACCGGCAGUGGUGCAUCUAGAUGCGUUAGCAGCAUCUUCGCCGGACAUGGCAAGCUCAAGAGGUUACUGGGCACUCUGGUGCAAUUCGCCACCGAUAUCUCGACGGAUACGGGUGACACGGUGCGUGCAUUGGUGCUCGCGCUUCUGAGCGGUAGCAUGACCGCCGAGGAGUUUCACUCGGCGUUGCAGGAGGCGACCAACUUUCCGCUCAGAAGUUUCGUCUUGCCGUACCUUAAGCAUACUUUACCUUCUCUACAGAGGGACCUGAGCAACGCGGCUCGAGCGAAUAAUCAGAGCUGUGUGCAAUUUCUCCGAUCCAACGAGUCCGCUGUUUUGGAGACCGUAGGGCUGGUCCCAUCCGGCGAAUCCGUCGAGGUGUUUGGCGAGCACGGGGGUGCGAACGGAAUCGGCGGCGGUAAUCAGUGCUCGGCUCAUUAUGCAAUGCGCUCGAAUUCUAAUCCCGGCGUAGGUGCCAUUCAGCACGUGGCGGGCAGCAACGCCACGAGCGCGUUGCAUCAUUAUUCCGGCGCUCAUACAACGAAACGUCGUGCCUCUGACACUCCAUACUACGAGAAUGGUGUUCUCUUGGACGAUAUGCCAGUGUAUGGCAAGAGGUCUACGAAUCCGUGGAGCCAUCAUCAUCAACAGCAGCAGCAGCAACAACAACAGCAACCAACGGACCCGUCUUAUUGUUGGUAUCAUCCGUUGCACUCUGCGGGCGGCUCAAUUCAAAGUCACGCGCAUGGUCAUGGUCCAAGUCCGGUACCACCUAGUCUCGUGCAGAUUAAUCAGAUAAACGCAUUCUCCACGCCACAUCAUCUGACCCAGCAGUCGCAACAGCCAAUGGGUCACGGUUUGCAAACGCAGAAUGGCGGUAGUCUUGAUGACGAGUGGAAGAAUAUUUAUGUGAUGCUCAACUGCAUCCUCGGCAUGGUCGAGAAAACGAAGAGAGCAUUGGCGAUUUUGCAGCGACGAGGAUGUUCCAGUCCAGCAGCCGCGGCGCCACCGCCAGUAGUGGUCGCGGCGCAGAAUGGCACCAGCAACAACGGCAACGGCAAUAAUCCUUCGUCGACUAACGGCGCACAGGUUGAAUCGUCCACCGGUGAUCGGGAUGGCAGUUUAAAGCGAUUGUCCGGCGAGAUCGUCGCGCAGACGAUCAGAGCGACUGAAGACAGAGUGGCCGAGGUCAAACGAAGAGCCGAGGAAGCUGUGUUAGAAGUGAAAAGAGCCGCGAUGGCAGAAGUGCAACGCGCCGUGGCAGUUGCAGUUGCGGAAUCGAGGGCGAACGAACGUUUGAGGGUUCAUCGACUACUGGACCUUCCAUUAUCGCAAAGGAAUCACGGCAGUCUCCGUCAAGGUCCGUUUCUAAGGGUUCACGGAAGCUCGAGCGCGGUAGAGACUAGCGCUAGAAAUGUAACGACGCCGACAACAACGACGAAUUCGGCACCGUCAACUACUGAAGACGAAAAGGACAUUCAUCUGACCAACAUGAUGGGAUCCAGUUGUUGGAAUUGUGGUAGGCCCGCCCUGGAAACUUGUGGCGGCUGUGGGAUCGCCCGGUACUGCGGUUCGUUUUGUCAGCAUCGCGAUUGGGAAGCCGGUCAUCAUACGACUUGUAACAACUUGCCACCGCGUGAGCCACGAAGGUCGGCUUCGCGUAGUCCGCCGAGGGUCGUUGCCACGAAUCUUUCCACGAGCGUUAACGAAGUCGACGCCACGCCGAUAGCGUCUGUAUCGAAGGGAAAGUGACGUCGCAGUGCUAAAAACAACCGAUCAAACAGAUCCAUCGACUACGAUUCGCGUUAAUUCGCGAAUCCCACAAGAAGUCUUUUCUGUAAAAAGUGGAUGAAUUUAAACGAAUAGGAAAGUUCAUUGAAAAUUUGAAUGAUUGAUUUUUGAAAGCGAGAAUCAAUCUAUUAGAUUUUGUUUCUCUUUUUAUUUAAUAAUUGUGAGAGAAUGUCGUUUAAAAGGAAAAAGCGGAAAGAAAUGUAACAAUUCUAUAAAGGUAAUUAAUUUUUGAAAAUAUUAAAUAUUUCAAAAAGAUUUCUUUCGCCCCAAUUUUGUUUAAUUCGUCCAUUUUCUGCAGAUUCUUCACCGAUCAUACAUCUUCUGCGUACUCUCAUUGUUGUGUCCUUUUCUUUCUCCGAAACUGAGAUUUCUUUUCUAAUAUAUCUGGAAAUAUGGACGAGUCUGAACAAGAAUCUAAUUAAAAUAACUGAGUAAAUUGAAUAUUCGCUUGUGACAAGAAGAGAGCAUUGAAAUAUGCUGAUUCGACAUACGAUCAAGUAUUCUCUGAAUAUUCUCUAGUCCCGGCGUUUCAAUUAAGCGAUAAUAUACAAUAGUAAAUGAUUAUUUAAUCGAUUAGAAAAAUACAAAUCUUUAUGACCGAUCAGCUUUGAUAUCCCAUUUUUGAAUUAUAGUAUAUAAUAAUAACAAUGCAAAGGUUUAAAAGAUAUAUCUAAAAGAUAUUGGAGCACACUUUCUGAAAAUUUGUAAACUUUUCAGAUAAAAUCGAUUUUUUGCACUCUUUGAAUGGAACGUUGGGUGUGAUAAAAAUGUGUUUUUAGAAUUUAUCAAUUAACCAUACACAAAAUGAACGACUGAUUUCACAUCAAGUAGCAUAACCGAUCGCAUAGGUGUUUACGUUGUGUCGGAUAGAUAACGCCGACUAAAUAUGCACAGCACUGUCGUAAAUGUACACGUUUAUCAGCAUCAUGUGUCAGCUGCUUUUUAUCAUCUAUCAAAUCGUAAAUUUUCGCAAUCCAUUUAUUAUCUAGGAUUAAAGCAAACAAUAGGAAUAAUGCAUGUCUUAAACGUGUUUUCUGCAAUUGAAAGAAUAAUAGAUAACACAGAUUGAAUCUCUAUAUCUUCGAUCGAUGAAUUGCAGACGUGCAUUUCGUACUGCUUCGAAUCGACGUUAGCAGUAAAUAUAACAUUAUGAAAAUAAUUCUCCUGUUAGCGUAGAUAUCUUCGUUCCGUCAUUAACAAUUUAAAUUCUUUAUAUAUACGAAGAGUUGAAAAACGCACUCGUCCAAAAAUGCAAAUUUUUUUCGGAUGGAAUUCAGAAAAUGUUUUUUUUUUGCUUGUUCAUAACA